GAUGACGUCUACCACAAUACACGCUUUAUGCGGAAGCAGUGCGGCGGUAACAGUGAUUUUUACAUGUGAGAAAAUAAGUGCCUUUUACCCAUCAUGAUGACAGACAAAACAGCUUCUUUGCAAUCUAGAACUACUCUACAACAAUGCCUUCAUGCCAGGCUUCAAGUCAAACCUCCCGAUGAGCAGUCGGAGGCAGAGUGGGUAGAGAUUGACCGCGGAAUGGUUAUUUAUAUCUGUUUCUUCAAAGGAGCUACUGAAGAUAUAAUUCCAAAAAUGGUGACCUCCCUCCUUAACAUCAAGCUGUGUGAAACAGACUCAGGGAAGUAUGUGUCGGUGCUGGACCUGCCAGGUAGUGUCCUAAUCAUUCCUCAGGCCACUCUGGGAGGUAAAGUCAAAGGCAAGGUAAUGCAGUACCAUGGCAACAUUGGGAAAGAAGAGGGACAGCAGCUGUAUGCUCAGUUUGUCUCCCAGUGUGAGAAGGAGAUUGCUGCCUCCAGUAAAUGUUGUGAGGCUGGAGUUAUGGUUAGACAUGGAACCUAUGGAAACAGACAAGUACUUAAACUGGACACAAAUCUGUAUUAUGAACAUUUGGUCAGUGGCAUAUUAAACAUAUCAAUAUUAAUCUGUUUUUAUUAAAGUGUUACAAAUUAUUUCCAAACCCAGUGGGGAUGAAGGGAAGAAUAGUUGAUUCGGAUAGUUUAAACAGUACAACAUAAGGCCACCAGAGGGCACUGCCAUUGCAGCACUUGACAGUUCAUACCGGAUCAAAUAACCACAGCAAAGGAGAAAAAUCUUGUCCCCAACCCCUCAUUUCAAUCCUAUAUCCAUUACCAAACAUUGUGAUACAUUAUACAUCAGACAGUCAGUCAUCUCAGCUGGUAAUCCGUCUCUGUCGAAGGCUGUGCUAGGCUUGCAGUUUGCCAGUGGGUCGUUUCUCUGUGCUAAAGAGGAGGAGAUUUAACACUCAGCAAAAGAGUGGGGUGAUGCUUCACCAUGUUUAAUUUAUGAGCCUAAGCCUUAGCAUAGGAGGACAGAGAGGGGGAAGAUAAAAAUGGUGGGAAAGUGCAGCAUGAACACAGGCGUUUGUGUGUGUGUGUGUGAGAGAGAGAGACUGUAGGUGUGUGUGUGCGUGCGUUCGUGCAUGCAUGUGAGCGCUGAUGAUUGUCAUGUUUGGGUGAGCAUCAUUGUGACUCAGCACUAUCUGACCAUCUGAGGGACACAGAGAUCAGCAUCUGCACUGAGCAAAUACUGCAAGUCCACCAGACACAUUUUCUUAAGCUUGCGUGGAGCUGAAUGCAAAUAAGCUCCUCAGGCUGUCAAGUGUAAGGGAUGUAAUUCCCUUUGUUCUCAAGAUAGGACAAAGAUUGAAAGAAAAAAAAAACACCUAAUGGUCCAUGUUUCAACUCUUCACAGGCCAUUUUAUUUGAGUGAAUAUUUAACACAAGACUCUAGUGGUUGAUAAAAGGAUCUAAAUAAACAUUAGAAUGGUAUUAUUUCCCCAAAUUUAGUAUAAAACCCCAAGCGUAAAGGUUUUGCAACAGAUUGCACAAAUUUUGUUUGGGAGGCAUGAAAUAACACUUGUGUUUGAGCAAUAAGCGAUUAUGGUCAGGCUUUUGAAAUAACAGUCCCUGCAAACUAAACUACAGACUGGCAAUUGUAGAGCCAAGCUGCUGCUGAGAUUCUUUUGCACGAGCCAAAGCCAACUUUAAAAUACUUGAAUUCCUCUUGAAAUUAAGGGUUUGUUUUUCAGUGUUAGUCUGUUUGCUUUUCUCAGAUCAUCAGUAAAUCCCUGACACAAAUCGAUUUUGGUUUUUAAAGUAAGACUUUGUUAACACUGUGGUAUGAAGGCUUUGAAUGUAAUAUCACUUUUGACAUUUCAGUGGGUGCUAUAGUGGCUAUUCAAAUUCCGGAGCAUGUUUGCAAAUGUGUUUGUGUAUAUCCUCACUGCAACAUCCAUAUUCUCUCAUAUACAAUGUAUGUAAUGCUCAGUGCACUGAGUUUAUACUGUACAUCAUGAAAUAAAUGGUGAUGAAUUUUG